CCGUAGCUACGUCAUCCGAAUAAGCCAAGAGGAAAAGCAUGGAGGAUUCGUAUUGAAGUGUGACCUUCUGUAUUAUAAACAUUAACAUAGUAUUGAGAGGUAUAUCCACAAUGUCGGCCAAGCAGGCAUCAGUCCAUGCCAAGUGGAUCAUCGGCAGAGUGAUCGGGACCAAGAUGCUGAAGACGGCCAAGGUCCGAGUAACAAGACUGGUGCUGGACCCCUACCUCCUCAAGUACUACAACAAGAGGAAGACCUACUUUGCUCAUGAUGCAAUACAGCAAUGCACCAUGGGAGAUGUUGUUCUUCUCAAGGCCUUACCGGAACCACGGUCCAAACAUGUGAAACAUGAACUGGUCGAGAUUGUGUAUAAAGUAGGCAGGGUUGUUGACCCAUUUACUGGACUGAAAGUCGAAGGAACUCAGUUUCUGGAGCCUUUUGCUGACCUAGCAGACGACCUGGAUAAGAAGAUGUCAUUAUCAGAUAAAAUACCAGAAGUGGACUCUUCUGCCUCAUCCAGUACAGCCUCAUCCCUGGAGCCACGAACACCUUGAGCUGAAUUUCACUCAUAUUUUUUAUUUAAUCGAAUAAUGUUUAUGUUUGUCCAGCAUGAUGUGUGGUUCAUUAAAAUGUAAGCCAGCAGAG